AAUGAGACCUCUUCACCUUUGGGUUGCUCUGGUUGCGCGUUUUUGCCAAACGCGGGGUUUUAAUUGACGUUAUUAAAUAAAUCAAUUCUCUUCUUCCACUGAUUCUUCAGAGGUUUUGAUUGGCAUGCGUAAUUGAUACGUUUGGGAUGAAGGCAUUAUGUGUGAAUCGUUUCCGAAUCCCUAAUGCGGAUUUCAAGUACAUAAUAUAUUGCACAGAUAACCAUUACUCCAAGAGUCGGACGUGUUUUAACAAUGAAUGGAAUUCUGGAAGUCGUAAAUGUAGUUUUGGUAAUUGUUGCGGUUGUCAUGGUGAAGAGGAGAGUGGAUGAUGUUUGUGGGAUGGAGCGCGCACAUUUAAAGGCUGUUUCGGUGCGAGAUUUGGAAAUCCGAAGCGCAUUCACUACAGUCAUGUCUAUGGAUCGCAGUGAGGAUUUUACCAGCAUGUGCAGAGAAGUUACAAGCGACAUUUCUAUGAGUUCAUCAGAACUUCUCAAUGGCCGGUCUUCUCCAUCUGCUCUACCUCAAGCAAUGGCAUCUGAUGCUUUCCAAGGCAAAGCAGUUUGCACAAGGUGUAGAGAGGACAUCCUAGACCGGUAUCUGCUUAAGGUUAAUGACUUGUGCUGGCAUGUGCAAUGCCUUUCAUGCAGUGUGUGCCAAACCACUCUGAGCGGACACACAACCUGCUACGUUAGAGAGCGAGAGGUCUUCUGCAAACUAGAUUACUUCAGGAGGUAUCGAACGUGGUGCUCAUGCUGCGGUGAAACGGUUCACUCCACAGACUGGGUGCGCAGGGCGAAGGGAAAUGUUUACCACCUGGCAUGUUUCUUGUGCUUCUUUUGUAAGAGGCAGCUGUCCACAGGCGAGGAGUUUGCUUUGGUUGGUCAAAAAUUGUUGUGUCGCGUUCAUUACGACAGCAUGCUGGACAAACUCAAAGGUGCUGCUGAAAAAGGAAAAAACGUCUCUCCUGAAGGUGUGUUGCAUACAGAAUGUGAAAUAAACCAAAAACCAUCUAAAAGAGCACGUACCAGUUUCUCUUCAGACCAGCUACAGGUUAUGCAGACCCAGUUUGCUCAGGACAAUAACCCAGACGCACAGACACUUCAGAGGCUUGCUGAACAGACUGGCCUUAGCAGACGCGUCAUUCAGGUUUGGUUUCAAAACUGUCGCGCCCGUCAUAAGAAGCACAUUUCUCCUCCUCGUUCAGCAGUAACGACAAGUGAUCUUUCUUUACUCCAGUCCGUGUCCACCCUGAAUGAGCAGCACUAUUCACACACAUCCCUGCUUACAGCGAUGCACAGCACCUGCAUUGAUGUGCACACACCAUCAUCUCUACUCUAUCAGCCGUUACUCUCCCAAAAAUCAACACAUCUACCAAUCAGCAGCAUCUAAACGCUUUACAAUUCAGUUGUAAAUGUUGUGCCAGUUGUUGUAACUACAUUUAUGCCGCUGUUAUACCUUUGUAUUUAAUUUAUUAACUUAUAUAUUUUUAUUUAUCAUUGUGUGUUUUGUUCAUUUCCCAUGUGGUUUAAAUAAAAAUAACUUACUGUCAAGUGUCUAUAUGAAAUACUUUAUUUCCGAAAUUAUCCUUGCACUUGGAUUACAUCAUACAGUGUUAUUAAGCUUUGCAAAAUAGCGCAAUGCGUGUUUAAAACAAAUAGUAAAAAUGUGUACCACACUGUAAAUUUACCAAGAGAAUUAAAUAGUUACAUAUUAAUGACAUGAUUAGACAAGUGUUAAACUCAAAAUACAAUUGAAAAAACAAAACAACAUAAAACUAGUAAAGAAUACACUCUUAAUACUUAAUAAAAGAAAAACUACAGCAAAAAAAAAGUAUUUAUAAAAAUUAAAAUAACAAACAAAUACUUCAAAUUAAUGGCAUUAAAAUAUGAGCAGAAAUUAGUUCACAUAAAAUAACCACCACUACUCUGUACACACAUUUAUAUCAAGGUGUUAAGAUAAAUUCAAGUCCUUCCCGGGCUAAAAUGAAAUGUGAACGGACACAAUAAAUCACACUAAAGGAGUGUAACCUCCUACUGCUAGAGAGCAUUCGGCCUGAUGAGAAAUGCAGUUGGAGCAUUAACGAAGGAAUAAAUAGAGUUACAAGCUCUGCACAGCAGAAAAGGGCUCAUAUCAACAUGUGGUUGAGGUUAAAAGAACUGUUAAAACUGCGUGUUGGAAUAAGGCACUUCAGCUGAACUGCAAUUACAAAAAGCAACUU